GCCAACACAAUGGACUGGGGUACCCUACACACUUUCAUCGGGGGUGUAAACAAACACUCCACCAGCAUCGGGAAGGUAUGGAUCACCGUCAUCUUCAUUUUCCGUGUCAUGAUCCUUGUAGUGGCUGCUCAAGAAGUGUGGGGUGAUGAACAGGAAGAUUUUGUCUGCAACACGCUGCAACCAGGAUGCAAAAAUGUGUGCUACGACCACUUUUUUCCUGUGUCUCACAUCCGGCUGUGGGCCCUGCAACUCAUCUUUGUCUCCACCCCGGCCCUGCUGGUAGCGAUGCAUGUCGCCUACUACAGACACGAGGCCGCCCGCAAAUUUAGGCGAGGAGAGAAAAGAAAUGAAUUCAAAGACUUAGAAGACAUUAAAAAGCAGAAGGUUCGGAUAGAGGGAUCCCUGUGGUGGACGUACACCAGCAGUAUCUUUUUCCGAAUCAUCUUUGAAGCAUCCUUUAUGUAUGUGUUUUACUUCCUUUACAAUGGGUACCACCUGCCCUGGGUGUUGAAAUGUGGGAUUGACCCUUGCCCCAACCUUGUCGACUGCUUUAUCUCUAGACCUACUGAGAAAACCGUGUUUACCAUUUUUAUGAUUUCUGCAUCUGUGAUUUGCAUGCUGCUUAAUGUGGCUGAGUUGUGUUACCUGCUGCUGAAAGUAUGUUUUAGGAGAUCAAAAAGAACACAAAUACAAAGAAAUCAUCCCAAUCAUGCCCUAAAAGAGAGUAAGCAAAAUGAAAUGAAUGAGCUGAUUUCAGAUAGUGGUCAAAAUGCCAUCACAGGCUUUCCAAGUUAAACAUUUCAAAGCACUACGUAGCUGACUCAUAACAAAAGUGGUACCUUCUGAAGGCAGUGCCCACCAGAAAAUCCCUUUCAUAGGCUGAAGACUUUGUCUUUAUAAAUGCUUUCAUAAUACAUGGAUACUUGAGUUAACUUUUUGUAGAACAAUUGUUCCAUUAAUAUGCAACAUAAUCAAAUAUGUGGUCCAUCUCUGAAACUAAGACAGGAUUACAACUGUGCCUUGAAGUAACUUUAACAUGUUUAAGUGGACUGUCUGACAUACUAGGUAUUUCCUGAAAAUUUAAGUGUGUAACUGUUGUUGAUAAAGAACAUUUAUAUAGAAAUUGAUACUUUGAUUAGUAAAAGAUAUUUUUAUAGGAUUGAAUGUUUUAGUUCUGACUUUGAAUUUAUAUAAAGUAUUUUUAUAAUGACUGGUCUUUCUUACCUGGGAAAACAUAUGAGGUUAGUUUUAGAAUUAUGCCAUAAGUAUCUAAAUUUUGAACUUACAGUCUAUCUUGUUGUAAAUAGUGUUUUUGCAAUUUCUAUUGACAAAUUUAUGAGCUAUCAUGAUACUCUUAAGGUGGAAAUUGUUCAUUGUACAAUAUAUUUUUAUUGCUUCCUAAAUGUAGACAGAGCUGUAUGGAAGUAGGAAGCUUUUUAAAACUAGAGAUUUGCAAUCAUUGUGAAUAGCUGACAUGAAUGUGCUCACCUCAAUAAAGAUUAGCCCCAUUGCUUAUGCCUU